AUCCAAAUGUAAAGACACAAACAUGUGCUGAAUGAUAAAAAUUAAUUGAAUAUGGGUUACUAUACAAUUACUAAAUACCGUUACACAAAUUCGUCAUUCAAAUCGUAGCAUACGCCACAUUUGAAUCAUUUACAAAUCAUGAAUUCAUGAAAACUUUCGGAGUGAGUCAUCCCGUGGGGAUCCGGGUUAGAAUAGGUCCUCAGUACCCCUUGCUUGUCGUAAGAGGCGACUAAAUGAAACGGUCCUUCGGAUGAAACCGAAAAAAACCGAGGUCCCGUGUCACAGCAGGUGUGGCAUGAUAAAGAUCCCUCCCUGUUCAAUGGCCAUAAGCGCCGAGCAUAGGCCUAAAUUUUGUAGCCCUUCACCGGCAGUCUCCAUAUGAGUGAAAUAUUCUCGAGAGGGACGUUAAACAAUAUUCAAUCAAUCAAUCGGAGUGAGUCAAUUAAACUUUUCAAAUAAUAAUCACAGUACACUGAUACGACACUCUAUGCAACAACGAAACGGUCCCGGAAUCAGCCUAAAAAGGUACAGUCCCCGCACACGGUUGCAAAGCGUUGAGCGAAUGACGACGCUAUGUACCAAAAAGUAUCGUUACACUGUGCAUACCUUCGCCAUUUCUGCCACUGUAUAUAACAUACCCUCUCGUUAUUAUAUACCGUGCCGUAUCAAUGUACUUUUAUUUUUGCCAAAAAAUAAUAAUAAGACACAGCCUUCUUGUUCAUGACGUCGCAUAAAGUAACGUCAAAAUGGCACAAAGUUAUUGUAAACUAUACUGUAAUUACGUGUGUAUUAUAUGAAAAUAAAGUUUCUUACGGACAUAUGAUAAUCAUUUUAUAAAAACAUAUACCUUAUUAAAGAACUUUGAGGGAUAUCUUUUAAUUUGAACACGGGGCCAAAUUUGGCCCCAAACGCACUGAGUCCUUUCAAUUGGCAGAAUUCACGGGAAAAUGUAACAUUGGUAGAUAGAUAUAUAUACAUUAAUACAUUUCUUAGUGAUGACUAAAAUCAUAAGAAACAAAAUCGAUAACAAAUAAAUAUGUUACAUAAAUUGGUGGAAACCACGCCUUUCAUAAACCAUAGGCACCUGAAGUAUGGGAUUUUACACCCCCUCCCCACUUUUUUGAUAAUUUAUUUUUGUGGCAACACUUUCUCUGAAAUGUGUGAAUUCCCUGUCUAUCUCAUACCUCUUUUGAUUUAUGUAAUCGUUUCACGCCUUUUGUAAGCUUUAGAGAUUGUCCUUUUACCAGUAUGCGGUAUGAUAAAAUGAAUCAUUGCCAAAAAAAACCUCCAAGAACCCCCCCCCCCCAAAAAAAAAAAAACAAAAAAAAAAAAACUCAAACUAAGGGUUAGACUAGUAAUAUCCAUACAUCGGGCAUAGAAAAAACCCAAAUGAAUAGAUAGAUAAAAUAAAAAAGAGCAAAAACCUACUGUAAUAUAUGAUUAAAGUCUUGUAUAAUGUUUAAUACUUAUAUCAUAUUUGGGAGCGAAAACACAUCAGAGGUGAAAUGUUGUAUGACGAAACCAUUUGCUACCGGUUCGGUCAAUGAAAAAAAAAAAAAAAAAAAAAAAAGAAAAAAAAAAAAAGAAAAGAAAGGAACAACAUAAACUGGUUCCCCGCUGAUUGGUGCCACACAAACAAGAGUAGCUACAUAUGUAUGUCAACAGGGUACCAGUUUAAAAACAAUAUGGCAUCAUUGAAAGCUAAUGAGAAGGCAUCAGCAAGUUCCUUUGCUCCAGAUAGGGAAACUACUCCACCAUCUGAAUUUGUGUUUUACAGGGAUAUUCCUCAAAGCACUUCUGACUGGACUGAACGUCAUCUAGAUCAUUUGCAAAUCACUGCAUUGCAGUCCAGGACUUUUACACCGAAAGAAAUAUUGUCGUGCGUUGUGAACGAAACUGUUGAAAGAAGAGUACAGAAAGUUCAUAAACAUCUGAUGAAAUAUAUGCCAGCUGGUUUGAGAGCUAUUGAUUUUGAUGACUUUAAUGCUAUACAGCAUGAUAAAUGUAGUUCCAUUUUGUACAAUGCUAACAGACACAAGAUGUCGAGUUUUAAAAUCGAGUCUCUGGCGGAUUAUGCUGAGCAGGACUGGUGUGAAUCGUUUAGAAUUAAUGGUGAGCAGUUCUGCAGACAGCUGAUUUACAUGAUAUGGCAGAAAGAAAGAGGAAUCACUAUAUCAGACGAGAUGUUCCGACAGCUGUUUCAACAUUUCACGGCCAUGUUUGGACUGCAUGGGAUUGCACGACCCUGUUUACAGCCACAGACUCUAACACUUGAGAGAAGUGAUGUUAGUGUGUGUUCUACCCCAGAUGUCAUUUUCUAUGACCUUCCAAACUGUGAAAAAGAAAAUUCUAAAAUUUUUGCUAUUUGCAAGGUAAAAAGAAAGAUGGAACCUGAACUUGAACCUUCUCCACCAAAACGAAGACAUUGUGACACAGAGAAGAGGGUUGACCAUCUGGACACAGGGGUGCUGGGCCGGCACGGAGGCGACCUCCUCGUUCACUAUUCAUCAAAAUCGUCAAAACAACAAGGACUCCUUGGCCUUAUUGUGCAAGGCACCUAUGUUACGUUCACACACUUCUCCUGUAAUGAGCUGGACCUUGAAGCCAUCCAGCGAGGGGAUCCCUCAUUCCCAGAAGGGACAGGUCCAGUGAUUAGGUUUAGUCAGCCCUACAACAUUCUUAAAGCUGAAGAUCGAUUGCAUAUCAUUGAACCGUUUCUUAAACUAGGCUUUGUUCAAUCUACCGGGUGAAUUAUAGUCCUGUUUUUAUGUAUUGAUUUAAGGCCAUUAAUUGUUUAUAGAGCCUCAGCUAUGAAAUAGUAAACUGUUUCGUAUGGUCUGUUGUACUCUGGGAAUGACUGGUUAGGUUCCUGAACUUUUGAGGAAGUAUUCCUAUGCUAUAUGUACAUGUACAUCAGUUUGAUUAUCAGUAUGUUUAUCAUUGCUUUAUAUUAGGUGCAUGUGGUUGAUAUUCAGAGGUCACCAGGGCAAACAUCAUGGUUUUAUGUGUAACAAGAAAGAUGAUUGGUUUACUUCUUUACUGGCAUGAGCUUAAUGCGGGUGACUUUUUCUGUUCCAUUACCUCACCUGAGCUGAAAGCUAAAGUGAGCUUUUUUGAUCACCUCUUAUUCAUCUUUUGUAAACUUUUCACAUUUUCAUAAUCUUCUCCAAAACCACUGGGCCAAUUUCAAUCAAAGAUAGUAAAAAUCACCCAUGGGUGAAAGAGAUUUGAGUUUGUUCCAUUAAAGGGCCAUGCCCCCUUCAGGGGGGGGGGGGGGGGGGGGGGGUAAUCAAGAAAAGGCAAAAAUAGUGUGGGGUUCUUCUCAAGAACACUUGGCCAAAAAAGUUCAAAUUAACAUGAAAGCCUCCUGACAGGGAGCAGAUUCAGGUUUGUUGAAAUCAUGAGCCUCGGAGGUCGGAUGGGGCCACAAUAGGGGAAAAUCUUUGCUUGCAAAUAUAUAGGAAAAAUGAAGAAGUUUUAUAAUUGAUUAAAUUUAAAUUAAUUAAAACAAAUUCUUUACCGGAGUAGAUCUAGUAAGACCUCACUAAAUCAUAAAUGCGAAUGUUCCCCAAGUUGUGCGGAUUGAAGUUUUUUUUAUGCCCCAGCGACUAUAGUCAAGAGCAUAUUGUUUUGUCCUGUCUGUCGUUUUGAAACUUUAAAGUCAUUCUCAUGACUUGACCUUGAAGUUUGACCUACUUUUAAGAAAGUCUAACCUAUUCAAUAACUGCAUAUAAAUUCCUACAUGUAAAUGGUAAGGCCUUACAGUGUAUAUUUUAUGCAUGAUCUCUGACCUUGUGAUCCUGACCAUGUAGUUUGAUCUUUUCAAACUUUGACCAUACUCAUAACUUUUGAAUAGUGAGUAAUAGGACUCAUAUUUCAUAUCUGCAUUCCUCUUGGCAAUUUUGUUUGUACUAAAGUUUCUAACAUUGUGACCUUGAUCUUGGAGUCUUAUCUACCUUUAAGAUAACCUAAACUAUUACUUGUACACUGAACAACUUAAGGCUUUUAUAUUUUGUAUGUAGAUUCUUUAAAAAAAUCCCAACAACAGGCCCAAGGUGACUCAGGUGAUCAAUGUGACCCAUUGUUCUCUUGUAUCCGAGUUAGUAAAGUUCUACAAAGUUCUAGAUCAGUAAAUGCAUUGAAGUGCAGUGAGGAGAUUUUUUAUUGGAGUACUAUAUUGAAAUUCAUUUUGAAUGCAUUCUCUGACAAACAUUCAAUACAUGUGAAAUAAUUGAAUGCUCAUUGACAGAUAGUUGAUGAUUGUUAUCAAGUAUAGAAAACAGUAAAGAUAUAAAAUUUAAAGUAAUUUCUUGCAUUAGUGUAUUCAGUGUUAGUGACUAGAACAUUCACUUAGUAGUUUGUGAUCAGGAUGUUGUUGCGUUGAGUUCUGCUGGUACUGUGGCCACGUCAAACCAUUACCAAAAAUCAUAGCCAGUGACUAUCUUUGCCAAUUGAUCAACAUUUGAAAUUCAGAAUUCCCAGUCAUUUGGAUGAGACCUAGAGAAAACCUGGACCCCGUGUUGCGACAGUUGGUUGCAGUCAUCAGCACCACGUGGCUCUUAAAGCUGACAUGAAUUCAUGGAUAUAUGAGAAUUAGAAUAUAUGCCAUGCUUCUUAAGUUAGAUGAAUAUUCUAUUGUUAUAUGUAUCUGAUAUGCGUGCAAUGUAAAGACAAAGUGUACUUUGCUACACUUUGCAUCUGUGUGCAAGAUUUUCAUUAGUUUGUGGACAAACUUGGCAGAUGCACAUCAUGUUUAUUGGUGAUCAGGCCAUAUGAAAUUGUAUGCAUCUAGUACAAUGCUUUUGCCACCACAGUUUGGAAACUAUUAGUAACUAUUAACUUUAUAUUUUGAAUGAAGUUAAUGAAAAUAAUAUACAUGUAAUUUGCUCAUUGGUAAAUGAUUUAUCCACAUUUAUUGCAUAUGAUUAUUAAAAAUACUUUCAGGCUACUGACAGGGAUUAAACUUAACCAAAAAAUUAUGGUAGUCAGCUGGGUCCCUAAAAAUCAGAUUGUGGUUGCCCAGGUUAAAAAUUGGUUGCCCAGAUGAAAAUUGAUGUAACAGAAAGUAAACAAUGCCAAACGUUUAUUCAAACGCCAAUAAAAAAAAUUAACCACUCUCGAUCAGUUGUCCAUGAUAUCUGAAACUUCCUUUUGUUCGUUUCGUAUUGUUGUAACUUCUGAAAUAUGCCUUUAAAUCUUCUGAAUUCACUUUUCUCUUCUCCGGCGUCUUCACACCUUGUAUAUAUCGCCACGUUUAGUUGUCAUUUAGUAACUUGGAAACGAUCAAAUAUCUGUGUAAACUGCUGUAUUAAAGCGUUUAAAUGCACUGAUUUCGUAAUUGAACUCAAAGCGGAAAAACGUAUGUAAAUCAAACCGGCAGUAAACGGAAAAUAUCAAUCGUCAACCUGGGCAACUGAAAUACGAAUUCUGCUUGCCCAGUCGAAUUUUCGAAUGGCGACUGGGCGAGCUUUAAUUUUAAUCCCUGACUAUUGACAAACAAGUUGAUGUUAUAGGCGUUUCAACAGUCUCAUUGAAAGUCAACAUUUCGUAAAUUCUCUAAUCAUACUGAUCUAAUGUGCCAAUACAACCUGUCAUUGGGUUAAAUGCUGUCUGGUGUGUUUCAUACCAAUUGUUAGCAUGUUCUUUAUACACUGAUUUUGACUACGAAUUGUUAUGUAAAAGGGCUCUGGGCAGAUGUAACCAGUCGACAGGUGAUGCAUACUCUUCAUAGGCAUCUAAUCCAACCUCUGGUAUAUCCAGGGGUUGGUGUACACCCAACUCUUAAUUUUGUAUUCCUUAAUAUAGAAGUUAUGAGAUUGAUCACUGUUCGUUAUCUUCACCUUUUCAUGCUAGCGUGUUAAGUUUUUAGCUCACCUGAGCUGAAAGCUCAAGUGAGCUUUUCUGAUCACCCGUAUUCCGGCGUCCGUCCGUCCGUCUGUCCGUCCGUCUGUAAACUUUUCACAUUUUCAACUUCUUCUCAACAACCACUGGGCCAAUUUCAACCAAAGUUGGCACAAAACAUCCUUAGGUAAAGGGAAUUCUAAAUUGUUAAAAUAAAGGGCCAGGCCACCUUCCAAGGGGAGAUAAUCAAGAAAAGGUAAAAAUAGGGUAGGGUCAUUAAAAAAUCUUCUUCUAGAGAACCACUGAGCCAAAAAAGAUGAAAUUUAUAGAUAAGCUUUAUUAGGUAGUGCAGAUUCUAAAUUGUUAAAAUCAUGGCCCCCGGGGGUCGGAUGGGGCCACAAUAGGGGGUCAAAGUUUUACAUACAAAUAUAUAGGGAAAAUCUUUAAAAAGCUUCUUCUCAAGAACCACUGAGCCAGAAAAGCUGAGAUUUAUAUGAAAGCUUCCUUAUAUAAUGCAAAUUUUAAAUUGUUAAAAUCAUGGCCCCCGGGUGUUGGAUGGGGCCACAAUAGGGGAUCAAAGUUUUACAUACAAAUAUAUAGGGAAAAUCUUUAAAAAUCUUCUUCCCAGAACCACUGAGCCAGAAAAGCUGAGAUUUAUAUGAAAGCUUCCUUAUAUAAUGCAGAUUCUAAAUUGUUAAAAUGAUGGCCCCCGGGGGUCGGAUUGGGCCACAAUAAGGGGUCAAAGUUGGGUUGUUGUUUUUUUCGGUUUCUUUUUUUUUUUUUUUUUUUUUUUUUUGAUAUAGUGCAGAUUCAAGUUCGUUAAAAUCAUGGACCCCGGGGAUUGAAUGGGGCCUCAAGGGGGGCCUCAAAGUUUUACAUACAAAUUUAUAGGAAAAAUCUUUUAAAAUCUUCUUCUCAAGAACCACUGAGCCAGAAAAGCUGAGAUUUAUAUGAAAGCUUCCUGAUAUAGUGCAGAUUAUAAAUUGCUAAGAUCAUGGCCCCCGGGGGUCGGAUGGGGCCACAAUAGGGGAUCAAAGUUUUACAUACAAAUAUAUAGGAAAAAUCUUUAAAAAUCUUCUUCCCAGAACCACUGAGCCAGAAAAGCUGAGAUUUAUAUGAAAGCUUUCUGAUAUAGUUCAGAUUCAGGUUUGUUGAAAUCAUGCCCCCUGGGGUAGGAUGGGGCCACAAUAGGGGAUCAAAGUUUUACAUACAAAUAUAUAGGGAAAAUCUUUAAAAAUCUUUUUCUCAAGAACCAUUGGGCCACAGAAGUUCAUAUUUACAUGAAAGCUUUCUGACAUAGUGUAGAUUCAAGUUUGCAAAAACCAUGGCCACCAGGGGUAGGUUUGGGGUCAUAAUAGGGACUACGGUUUUACAUGCAAAUAGAUAUGGAAAAUCUUCUGAUAUGGACCAAGGUGACUCAGGUGAGCGAUGUGGCCCAUGGGCCUCUUGUUCUUCAUAUUUUCACCCACCGAUCCAAAACUUUUAUGUGAUCCUUUACUAAUCAUUGUAAUGUUGAGCACUGUGUGUUGUUUUAGUGUGUUUUUUAUUCAAUGAACUACUUUUGGAGAUGUGCCUCAGUCGAUUCAUGCUAGAUAUAGUCCCUAAAAUGUUCUACUUUCUCAUCUUCCUGUGCACUAACCGUUCACAGUUUAGUAGAAAACAAAUGUAGUGAGAAUAUAUGGUUAGAAGUUUUUAAUAUCGGACUUUUGAGACAGUAAUCUCGCAAUACAAGAAUACAGCGAUUUUUAAAAGAUCUCAUCCAUGCACUAAAUGAUUAUUGUUAAUUGAUAAAAUAUUGUCAAUAUAUCUAAAAGUGGUGAAAGCCACAGCAACAGACUUUAUCUUAUGAGGCUUUUGAAUAAAUUUUGCUGAACAUAAGAAUAUAAAACAUAUCAGCUAAUAAAAGAACACAAUUCGUGCCCAUGGGAUUCCAACAUGCUGUUGAAAGACCUGAUCAUUAAAAAUUAUGAAGAUAUUGUCAAUAACGAACUCCAUCAUCUUUAUAAUUUCAACUUCAGAGUACGUAUGUGACCUAGCAAUUGGUAUGAAACACAUCGGACAGCAUUUAACCUAAUGGCAGGUUGUAUCGGUAAAUUAGAUUGUUAUCCAUAAAAUUUGCAAAAUGCUGACUUUAAACGAGACUGUUGAACCCCCCGUAUCAUCAUCUUAUUUAUCAGUUGCCUGCCUCGAUUUAAAAACUGAUCAUAGACAGAACAAGCUCUUGCGUAUCGAAUCAGUUGAGAGACAUAAACACCAUAUGUAGCAGUUAAUGAAAUAUUGCUAUAUAAAUUUGGGAAGUUGACGAUGGAAAAGUUAAAGUCAUCCCGUUUCUCUUAAAGUUGAAUUGUUAGUUUGCCGUUAACAUCUAUGUUCAAUAAGAUAGCCAGGGAUGAAGCAGAAGUGGACGACGGUGGUGUCAAUUAUUUCGAGUUCACAGGGAUAUAUGGAGUUGACAUAUGAUUGAAAAUGAUUAUUGUUGAUAAAUAAAACGUAGUCGAUAUAUCUCAAUGUCGAGUUGAAGAC